AUGCCGUCCAGUAACACGAGCUCGGCCGGGUCGGCGUCAACGACGAGCAAGACGUCGUCGCAUACUCAGUGGGGCAAGCCGCCGCUGCCGCCAGCCAUGCGCCAGCCGCGCCUCUCGCUCUCGCCGGACGAGUCGUACGAUUACAUUGAGAAGGCCAAGCGCACGUGCCACAAGACCAUCAUGAACGCGCUCGCGAUGGACAACCUCCCGGUCGACCGCGUCAUCUCGAGCGCCAAGACGCUGCGCUGCGCCAAGAUCCGCAAGAACCAAGACCUUUUCGAGCCGCACUUUGACGCGACCUGCGGUUACACACAAAUCCAGAUCACGCUCGCCGAGGUCGCCCACUUCUUCGCGCUCACAUCACCCGAGAAGCUUGCUGCGUACGCUGGUGUGUACGAGCAAGCCGCGCUCUGCCGCGAGACGAUCGCAACGCUCGUGCCCCGGACACCCGAGCACCCGCUGCACUACAUUGGCAUCGAGUGGAUGCUCGUGGACCGGGGCACCGACGUGCACAGCAUGUGUCUUCUCGAAUGCCACGACGAGUUCGAGUACCUCAACGAACACGACGGCUCGAUGCGGAAAGGCUGGGUCUGCAGCCUCCACUCGGUGGACCCGCGAGGCCUCGUUGAUCCCCGCGGUUCCAACGCGCCGCAGCUCCCGCGGGAUCUCAUUUUUCGCUCCGGACACGUGUUUAUCGAGACCGAGAACGUCGGCACGAUGGACUACUACUGCCUCGCCAUCUCCCAAAUCGCCAACGUGUCCAAGUCCAAGAACCAAAAGCUCAUGCAGCACUACGUCAGCCGCGUGCUGAGCCUCGAAGAGUACUUUUUUCCCAUGCGCCUCGAGCAGUACCUUCUCGACGGCGGCACCGUCCACGCCGAGCUCGAGCCGAAGCGCAACGUGACCUUUUGCUCGAUCUGCGACACGAAAUUCUCGCUUUUUGUGCAGAAAAAGCACUGCCGCCUCUGCGGCAAAGUCGUGUGCCACGACUGCAGCGUCAAGUGGAUGACAGCACCGAUCCUCGAGAAGCUCGAGAAGAUCCGCGUGUGCGUGUGCUGCCUCAACGGCCUCGGCUACACGCCGCUGGCCCACACGCCCGUCGUCGCCGCGCGCUCGCAGUCCAACAAGGUGACGCUGCAGCGACUCCACUCGGAGACACCGCUCCUCGAGACGCGCAAAGAAGGCUCGUUUGUGUUUCCCAACGCGCGCGACUCGGUGCUCGAGUGGAGUAGCACCGCCUGCCGGUCGUCGCUCAUGCACGACGUCGACACGACCAUCUCGCUCUCGUUCUUGACCGAUAGCCUGUCGCGGCCACCCGCCGAGAGCCGACUCGAGGCCUUUGUCUCGCUCGAUCCAAGCCCCGAGUACGACACCAUGUGCUCGACGCUCGCCAUUACCACGCAGUGCGCCGUCGCGACCAUCCGCGUCUUGGAUGCCGGAGUCCUGCGACGCAUCGGCGCAUCAGGCCUCUCGACACACCACGCGAUCGACGACGGCUUGUCAUCGGCGGCUCUCGACUCGGCGCAGCUGUACAUUUGCCCCGACUUGCUCCCGACCGCGUCGCCGCCGUACCGGUUCUACGCGGCGAUGCGUCUCCAGCUGAGUGCUGGCAAGGUCGUGGGCCUCGUCGAGCUCUACGAUCGCAGCGCGCGCCACGGCAACGUCUCAGGUCUCGUCGAGCAGCUCCAGGCAGUCACCAAGGUGCUCUUGAAGCGCCUCGAGGCGCCGAAGCUCCUGCGGCCCGAGACACCCAAGUCGCCAGCCCACAAGCCGCCACGACGCCUCAGCACGUCCGAAGUCGACGCCGCCGCCGUCUUCGAAUGCAAGUCGCCGCCCAACUCGCGCGCCCAAGCGACAAGAAAGACGGACGAGCCACUUUUGCUGCCCGACCUCCUCUCAAAGUUGGAGGAGCUCGAGGUGACAGCGCGCCAGCAGCGCGCACUCUCGACCGCCAUGGACACGCACCACCAGCAGAUUUCAUCGCUCAUCGGAAAGAUCCAGAAGAUGGAAGAACACCUCACGGCCAAGGAGCCGUAA